GUCCAUUUGCAGGGCGAUACCUAGCACGUGCAUAUGCCAUGUAACACAACCUUGGAAUUGUCUCAAAAGACGUCAACUGUAGGUGGUCUAUAAAAUGGCUUUCAAUCUCAUGCGGGGAACCGAAAGCACCAGCCAGUAUCAACAGUAUAGCCUAGAAUAUCGUAUAUCGAAGCGAAAAUAUGACGCUUUCCGUGCUGGGAAAACAUGCCAUUAUCACCGGCGGUGGCUCAGGGAUCAAUCUUGCAUUUGCAAAGAAGCUCCUCUCUCGCGGGUGUUCCGUCUUGAUCGGUGACUUGGGUCUUCGUCCAGAAGCCCAGGAACUUCUGAAGCAAUAUCCACACGAGCCAUCGAAGUCGCCGUCUGCUUCCAGGCCGGCUGCACUAUUCAAGAAGACAGACGUGAGAUCUUGGCCACAGCUCACAGAACUGACCCGGACAGCCGAGGCAGCUUUCCCACAAGUCGAUAUUGUUGUGCCAGGAGCCGGAGUCUUCGAUCCCAAAUGGAGUUCCUUCUGGGAGCCGCCAAAGUCGGUAACAAAUCCAGACAGCCCAUCAACAGAUGAUGCGAAUGGCGAUCCGGGACAUUAUGCUGUGCUUGACAUCAAUUUAGUACACCCAAUACGGCUCAGCCAACUCGCCAUUGCACAUUGGACUUCGCGGCGAAUUCCGGGCUCGCUUCUGGUAGUCGGCAGCAUGGCUGGCUAUCUAUACGGCCUCGGGACGCCUAUGUAUCAUGCUAGUAAACAUGGCGUUCACGGCUUUGUCAGAAGUCUCGGUUAUCUACGAGAAACGGUUGGUAUUCGAACGGCAGCGAUUGCUCCAGGCGCUGUAAAUACACCACUUUUAACCGACGAUCUAGAAAGAAGAAACGCACUGAGGGCAGAUUUAGCGGCUAGCCCUGAGGAUAUUGCCGACGCCAUGUUGGAACUGCUGGAGGAUCCUCAAUAUGGCGAUGGGACGAUAUUCGAGGCGACGGCUGAAGGCACGAGGGUUGUGCCCGCGUUCAACGCCCCUAUGCCAGAGUUCAAGGAUGGAGCUAUAGCAGAGUAUAUGAUUGAAGUAGAGAGGAGAUUGAUCAAGAAGAUUACGGAGGAGGGUCUCAAGGUUUAAGUAGUUGACUCUAUGGGACUUCUGUGUGUAAGGGCAACGUUAUCUAUUAUGCUUUACAAGUCUUUCUAUGAGUAACACCAUCUAGGGUUUGUGAAAGAGACACUAGACACCCAUAGCACAAUAUAUACGGCGUUCAAUGUCAAGAAUGGCAAAGAAGC